AUCUAAUCUGGGAUAUAUCGUGAUAAAAAAAUAAAUGUAUCAUGAAAACGUGCUAAUAGCACUAGAAUUAGCUCAAUGACAAAAUGACAUGUUCCCCAACCUAUCCAAUGAGUGAGUGACUCCUGAAUCUAUUCGCAGCUGCUCUGUAGCUUCCAUGAUCCACUCCAGUCCGGAUUUGGCAAGGAAAGGAACAGCUGCUGUAACGUUUUAGCAAUUUCAAGAGAGAAGGAGCAGCGGUGAGACAUGCGGGGUCUAAAGGAGUCGCUCCAGCAGCAUUGGAGACCGGACAAACAGCAGCAGGAGUAGAGGAUCAUGGCCGAGGACUAUUGGGAGAGCGCGGCCGCUUUGGGAUAUUAUUACUGCUGUUAAGAUUACACGAGCAACACACACUCAUUUACACAAGCACACACGGAUCUCAACUCCACGGCAGGGAGGUUGAACAGUGGCAGCCCCUCCACCCUCCUCGUCUCGGCCCCCCGUACCCCCCCUGAUGGACCGCAUGAGGAAGAUCAAACGGCAGCUGUCCCUGACGCUGCGAGGGGGUAACAGCGGGGAUAAGACCUUGAGCGAGACCAUCAGCUCUCAGGACACAGGAGCACACAGCGAUUCCGAGGCCAUGCCAGUUGGCGGCAGUGGUGGUCUGCGGGGUUCAGUGAGAGGUUCGGGGGGUUCCUUCAGCAUGCACUCCCUCCUGCAGUCCUACAGCAGCGCCCUGCGCAGACCACGCAGCCUGGGCCGCAGUCUCAGCUCCUAUCUCAACCACACCACGCGCCUCGAAAUCGUCCACGAGGAUGUAAAAAUGGGUUCAGACGGAGAAAGCGAUCAGGCUUCGGCCACUUCCUCUGAUGAGGUGCACAGCCCCGUCCGAGUUCGUCUGAGAAACAACCCCGGCCGCAAAAUUUCCACAGAGGACAUAAACAAACGUCUGUCUCUGCCUGCCGAUAUCAGGCUUCCUGAUGGCUACCUGGAGAAAUUCAGCCUCAACAGCCCCCUGUUUGACAAACCGCUCAGCCGGAGAUUACGCAGAGUAUCGCUGUCCGAGAUUGGAUUUGGGAAGUUGGAGACGUAUGUAAAACUGGAUAAACUAGGAGAGGGCACCUACGCUACAGUAUAUAAAGGCCGCAGUAAGUUGACAGAUAACCUGGUGGCUCUGAAGGAGAUCCGUUUGGAGCACGAGGAAGGAGCUCCAUGCACUGCCAUUAGAGAAGUGUCUCUGCUCAAGGACCUGAAACACGCCAAUAUUGUGACUCUUCAUGACAUCAUCCACACUCAGAAGUCUCUUACGCUCGUGUUCGAGUACUUGGAUAAAGACCUGAAACAGUACCUAGAUGACUGUGGAAACUGCAUUCAUAUGCACAAUGUAAAGCUGUUCCUGUUUCAGCUGUUGCGAGGUCUGAACUACUGUCACAGACGUAAAGUCCUUCACAGAGACCUCAAACCUCAAAAUCUCCUGAUCAACGACCGCGGGGAGCUAAAGCUUGCUGACUUUGGUCUGGCUCGAGCAAAAUCAAUUCCCACCAAAACCUACUCCAAUGAGGUGGUGACGCUUUGGUACCGCCCCCCUGACAUCCUGUUGGGCAGCACCGACUAUUCCACUCAGAUUGAUAUGUGGGGUGUUGGCUGUAUCUUCUACGAGAUGUCUACAGGUCGACCCUUGUUCCCGGGCUCCACGGUGGAGGAGGAGCUGCACUUUAUCUUCAAACUGCUCGGUACGCCCACAGAAGAGACCUGGCCCGGAAUAACCUCUAAUGAGGAAUUCAUCUCCUAUAACUACCCCCGGUACCGCGCCGACUGUCUCCACAAUCACACUCCACGAUUGGACAACGAUGGAGUCGAACUUCUGUCGAAACUGCUGCAGUUUGAGGGGAAGAAACGAAUCGCAGCAGAGGAAGCCAUGAGACACUCAUACUUCCACUGCCUGGGAGAGAGAGUUCUCACACUGCCAGACACUACAUCAAUAUUUGCACUUCAAGAAGUUCAGCUGGAGAAGGAGCCCGGAAUGAGGACGAAUUCCCUGUCAGAAUCAGAGCUUUUGCAAAGAUGUCUAAGGUUCCGGCAUACCUUAGUCAACAGCAUAUCUCAGCGGCAGAGUCUGCUCUUCUGAGGGCACACAAGGCGGCUCGGGACGGGGAAGACGGAGAAGAUAAACGGGGAGGAAGUUUCCUGUCGUGAAGAUGAAGGGAUAUCUGUUUUUCAUUUCUCCGUCUGAGUCAUUGGCUAGUCCUGUGGCAUUAUGUGUUUAGAAGGGGUCACUGUAGUUGUUUACAUGGAGGGGCCGAGUAUGUUGAUUUGUGUAUUGUUUUCUUUGUUUCGAAUAAUGCACUUCCCCUUCCCUGUUCGCAUUACAAACAUGUUCUUCCUGUUUUGCUGUACCUUCUCGACACGGUUGCGUCAAUCCAGCCGCUGCACUCCACCAAUCAGACGCAGAAUGUUAUCGGAUGACCCGACUCUUCAUCCUUUGACUGAAACAAAUCAGCCUGCUUUCUUUGCAAUACUUCUCAAUUGUAAUGUAAAAGGAAGGCCAGUUUAUGAAGGAAGGUGUCAUGAAUGCUGUUAAAUAUCCAGAAGCCAAGUCACUCUAGUCUUCCAGAAUAUAGUCCCCCCUUCAUUAGUGUCAUCAACCCUCCCAUCCAAAGACAAGCAUGUAGUACUAUGCCACAAUCAACCAUAAUCUGUGUUAUUUGUAUUCAUUAGAACACUGACAUGUCAACUUUUUUUGUUUGCAAAAGCAUUUCACUUUUAAGUUGUUGUUUACAUGUUUUUUUUUUGCCAUGCAAUACAGUUUGAUAAUCUAGAAACCGUUUCACCAAAGACCCCCAUCUCUCUGUCCCUGUCGGUUUGACUUAUGAGCUUCCAUUUCCAUCAUCGUUGUUCAAGCGAAGCCUCGAUCAGCUACACUGUGUCAAGGACGAAUCAUUUGUGCAAAGCAACUCGGAUCGUUUGAGUUGCAUUGAGGAAAGCCUCCGAUAAUCUCGACGCAGCCUUGUUGAUAACUCUUCCAUUACUGCAGCUCUUGCGGCUGUCGCUCCAGUUGAAAACCGAGCUGAUUUCUAUGUCGGUUCAGUCAGGGCGAUGAGAACUCAUAAUGGGAUGCCCGGGCGCAUGCGGAGAACCGGUCGAAUUGUAUAGGGCUCGGGUUUCUGUCACACUGCAGAACAGCUGAGUGCGGUGGAUAAUGUUCUGCAUCUCGGCCCGGUUGUUCAUACUCCGCAGGUUUUGGAGCUCGUUGGUGUCGCGUAACACACCGCAAGAUUCAAAACGCUACGUCCCCUGCUGUGUGCCAUUCAGGGCCUCUCUGCACAAUGUCUGCGAUUAUACAGUCCCACAAAUGUGAUUAUUGGGUGAAUCUCUUGGGGAGGAAAAAGAGUCAUGGUGAUAUUUCACCCCGAAAUUAUGAGAAAAUUAAUAAUUUGAUUUAUUAUAAAGUUGUUGGUUUUUUUUUUUUUAUGCAUUGUGCAUCAUAUUUAAUUAGUCUCCAAAUUUUUAUUCUUGUAAUAAUAAUAAUAAUAAAAACAAUUUAAAUUGUACAAGACUUUUGUAAAUUACUAAAAUACAGUGUAUUUAAUAUAUUGUAUUUUUAAAGCAUAUGUGGAUUAUUUGUUUUACUCUAUUUGUCGGUGCAAAUCAUUUUAUAGUCACUUUUUCCUGUAAUACAGUGUAAUUUUACUGCAUUAUGCUAAAAUAGUCAUAAGUUAAAAAGUUACAUUUACAAGUGCAUUACAGUACUAAUAAGGGAAAUUUGCUUAGUAUGCAGAUCAUUUUUAAAAAUUACCAUUGAAAAAUAUAGAUUUUUUGGUUUCUUUUUUCGGGGUGAAAUGUGACUAGAUUUUUUUUUUUUUCCUCUGCAAGAUUCACUACAUUAGAGCUGAAUGCAGAGGCGGUUAAGACUUGUUCUCAGUUUCCAUCGGUGUUACUAGAUGGAUGAUAUUUUAGUAUAUAUCUAAUUUUUUAAAUGAAUCCAAGCAAUCCCAAAACGUUUGGUCUGGUGAUGGAUUGUGACUUCCCUCCCUCCCUGUUGGAGAUGACCUGUGAAUACCUGUGUGUGUGUGUGUGUGAGAGAGACGCUCUGGACGAGGAGAAUGCAGACUUGCAUGGCAGUGUUGUAUAGUUGAAGACUGUGGUACUUUGUAAAUAGCCUUAGAAUGUUUUUUUUGCAGAUCAGAAGCGUGGAGAGUGCAAUGAGAUGAUCCUCCUAACAAUGUAUAAUUUUUAAAGCAAAGAAGAAUAUCAUUUUUGUUACACUUAUCAUUGAUGACAUUGUUCAUUGUGUUCUUUUUUUUAAUGAGAUGUAGUAACCAAACGUUACUACCAUAGGAGACUCAUGUGGUGUAGAUAUUUGGUUUUGAUGUUUGUUAGGAUGCAGACGGCUCAUCUAAUUUAAAGCUUGGAACGAGGAUGGACUACGGUGAAAGGGCUUCAAUGGAUAAGCGUGGCCAACUGUUCAUUACUGCGCAAUAACUGCUCAUUUACGCAAUAACCGUUUCUUUGAAAACCGUCUUGAUUUGAAAUGAAUUUGGUUUUGAUGUUGGCAUGCAUUGCAUGUCAUUAAAUCUAAAGAAGCAAAUAACGCCAGAAAUUGUCAUGCAAAAACCUAAGGCUGUUUUAUUGCCCGUUUUAUGUGGACUUUAAUAAGUGAGGGUUUUGAUAUGAUUGCAGGUCAAAUGCUUUUAUACACGGAGACACUUUGGAGACUUCAUACAGUUUUUAAGCGCGUUUCUUUUAUACAACUCGAUCUUUCAGAAUGGGCAUUUUACGCGAAAAAACCUGAUCGUUGAUCGCUACAGUAUUAUUUUCUUCCGCUUUUUUUAUUUCGCAAUUGUGUACCCUUAAAAAGCCCAAAGUUUCAGGAUUUUUCAGCCAUUUUCUCCAGUUGGCCUUUGUCCAAACGCGAACGCAAGAAGGGAACGAUGCGGCCUGCCGUUCUAUAAAUGUUAAAAGCGGUUUAAACACGUUAAGCAAUACUCACUGUUAAUGUACAUUUCACAUCUCAUGGAUAUCUAAUGCAGGAAAUCCUCUCAGAUGGCCAUAGUAUAUUUUCAGUAAAUAAUUAUGCAUAUACGGGCGGCCACUUGUUCCGUUCGAGUCUAGGGAUGAAUAACAGUUGUAAAAUGUUUGAAGCAAUGUUGAAAAGGAUUCUUUCGUUUAUAACCUUUUGAGUUCUCGCAACUUGCAACGGUCAAUCUUUACACCCAAGAAUAUGUGGAUCGGAAAUAUGUUAACAUGGAAAAUUUUACAACACACAAAUAUGGCUGACUGUUACUGCUGUCGCUCGUAUGAAAGCAGAACACCUUUCCAACCCACUUGAUCCAUCUCUGUUAAUUAUGAAGCAGGAAGCGGACUCAUUUGAAUAUUGGCACGAACAAGCUGUAAGACGUUCAGGUGGAGUAGAACAAAUGUGAAUAAUUUGUGCUGGCAAUAUAAUCAAUGUCCCAAACUUGAAUUUUGUUCGAUUUUUUUUUUUUUUUUUUUUUUUUUACAUUUGUCUUUUCAAGUUUAGAAAGAUUCGGGUUACUCAUAUUUAAAGGUAAUAAUAUUCACAUUUACAAGUUUGCAUGUUACGUAUUAAUAUGAUUCCCUAAAUAUACGCAAACCAAAAUCGGAUCGGUCACCUGAAAAAUUUUUUUUAUCAUAUUGACUACAUUAAUGACAGCUUGUGGUUUUAACAUAACCAGAAAACUCAAAAAACAAACUAGAAGUUAUCUCUCAGAGCUGGGUUCAAUCUACUGAAAAAGGGGUUAUGCAUGAGUUUUACUGAGUCGGUAAACAAUAAUCCAACAUUUUUUAAACCAAUAUGGUUUUGGAGUAACAUCUAAAUGUGCCUUUUAAAAUGAAUUAAAAAAAUUAUAAUAGUUUUGGUAUUACAAACACGUUUGGCACAAAUGACUCCAGUAUGAAAUAUGACCCAUCACAUGAACUAUUUACAUAUAAAACACAAGGUUUGUAUUUUUAAGAGUGAAGUUAAUCGUGUAUUUCCGUCGACGUACACACACGGCUCACAGUGACCACAGUUGGACGCCAGAAUGAAGCCGAAGUGACGAGAACUGCUGUUAUUUUACGUUAUUAUUUCGAAUCCAUAAUGCCCACCCGUCACGCAUUAACAAUAUUUUUGUGACAUUUUUAGCAGCUAUAUAUUUAAAAAAUUAGGGUUUUAAACUUGAUGUGUUUUCCUCGAUAUAAAUCAAUGCAGUUCUUUUUCAUUUCAGGAGUAAAUACGCGCCUCAACAUGUAUAAUACAGCAGCUUGGUUUGUCGACUGCUUUUCCGCUUUUGCUAUUGGUCAAUGCCAAAGUUAUCCGAAGCCUUGCAUGGGUUGGUGUUUAAUUUUUCCGAGGAAUGUUAUAAUGCUGACACCCUGCUUUGUGUUUCUUACUGAGCCAGUUUUACUGCAGAGAAUUACUGUUAUGAUAAAAAACCACAUACUUAUAACCCUAGUAUUCCCACACACAUCUUUCAAAAUGUUAUAUAAUUCUGUUCAUUUAUUGUAUCAAAGAUAUACAAUUCAAUAAAGGUAUGUACAUUUCUGAAUAAAAA